CGGCGGCGGGACGGGACGGGACGGGACGGGACGGGACGGAGCCGCGAUGGAGAAGCCGCGGCGGGCCGUGGUGGUGACGGGGUUCGGCCCGUUUGGAGAACACGCCGUGAACGCCAGUUGGAUCGCGGUUCAGGAGCUGGAGAAGCUCGGGCUGCGAGGUGACGUGGAUCUGCACGUCUAUGAGGUCCCUGUUGAGUACCAGACAGUGCAAAGGCUCAUUCCAGCCUUGUGGAAAAAGCACAGUCCACAACUGGUGGUUCAUGUUGGUGUUUCAGGAAUGGCCACAACUGUGACCCUGGAGAAGUGUGGCCACAACGUGGGUUACAAAGGCUUAGACAACUGCCGCUUCUGCCCGGGCUCGCAGUGCUGUGUGGAAGGGGGCCCAGAGUGCAUCGAUUCCAUCAUUGACAUGGACACAGUUUGCAAGAGAGUCUCAGCACUGGGGCUGGAUGUCACUGUCACCAUCUCUAAGGAUGCUGGCAGAUACCUCUGUGACUUCACUUACUACACUUCCCUGUACCAGAGCCGUGGGAGGUCAGCUUUUGUCCACGUGCCUCCGUUGGGAAAGCCGUAUACCGCAGAACAGCUGGGGCGGGCACUACAGGCUAUCAUAGAAGAAAUGCUUGAUGUUUUGGAGCAUUCUGAAGACAAAAUCAAUUGUCAGCAUGAACACUGAAAGUGGCCAAAAGCUAUCCUAGUAUUGCACUUCCAAAUUUUUCCCUGCUACUGAAGUAUUGGGGGAAAUGGUCUGAAACGUUACAGACCCAGAAUUGGAGACUUCAAAAAGGAAACUUCCACUUCUAGAAACUGACUGGGUUUUGUCAAAUGUGUACAUUUCAGCCUAGGCAGCAAAGGAUUCAAAAUCUCUUCUUUAAAACACCUGCAGCUACUCAUUUCUGAAGCUGACUGAAGUGUGUGUGCUGUGCUUUACCCAGAGCAUGUCUGUCAGCCAAGUGACAGUCUCGGGCAGCGCAGAUGGAAAGUGUCUCACCUGGACUUGGCAUUUGGGUGUGUGGAAUUGCUAACCCACGCUUCUCCUGGCUAGUUCUGAAAUGGAAAGGUUUCCUUUUCUUUUGGUUUGGUGGGGUUUCUCUUUGGCCCAAAUUAGAGGUCACAAGGUAAAAGUACGACUGAGAAGAGCUGGUGUGGGUCAGUGUGUUGUGAAGCAACAGGGAGACUUCACAAUUGCUUUGCUGAAAGAGCAAAAUAUUGUAGGCACUGAUUUCUCACCCCACGUGGUCCAAGUAUUUGUAGGGUCCUCUGUAACGUGCUGGUUAGCUGGUAGCUGCAGAGAGAAGGGAUGUGCUUCAGGUUCCCUUUGUUGUGGAACAACAGAUAGUGCUUUCCCCCCCCCCCCCCCCUUUUGUACACAGUAGGAAUCUAACUUGUGCCAAAUAUUUCCAAACAUUCUGUUUUUAUUAUGCUCUUGAUGUCACCUUCCUCACUCAAGCCAACCAUAUACCUCCUGUACAAAACACCCUGUUUCAUGUGAGGAUAAAACAACUCCGUAGCGGUUUAAAUAGCUUUGCCGAAGGCCACUCUCUCUGCAGGAGAUCUUUAUCCUGGACUCUUGGUGCUAGCUGUUAUUUUUAAGGUGAAGGCUGAGUAAUUUAUAACUUCCUCAGUUAUAAAUUUUCCUUCUUGGUAAAGGUUAGGAGAGUAAUGUUUAACUUGAAUUCGAAGUUGCCACCUUGAUUUGCUGUAGGCAUAAACCCGGGCACGUGUGGGUUCAAAGGCGUUCUGCCAAAUCCCAGCUAAAGUCUGAAACCUUUUCCUUCUGGAAAGAUGAUUCUUUGAAACCUAGGAAUUUUGCUUAGAAUGAAUGUUCCAGGCUGAUUUAUUAGUGUCCCCCUCCCAAUGGGAGGGUACAGAGUGCUGCUGCUUGUGUGGACUUUCCCAGUAGCUCAUGUGGGGAAGGGUACGUGCAGGUUCUGAGCAGGGCUUUGGAAACGGUCAGUGCUUUGUGGGUAGGUUUGCUGCCAAAUUAGGAGACCUCCAGCAAAAGGUGGAUGAUGUUACAGUGGGAGCAGACACUAAAUUGGUGAUUGGUGACUGGUCAGCCUCAUUGUGGGGCCAUUUAGAUGAAGAGAUCUGUGAUUUGGUACUAAUACUUUUACAAAUAUAUAUAUAUAUAUAUAUAUAUAACCCCCAACAUUCUGAACUGGAGGAUCCUGGUAUUUUAGUUUUCCUAAUGCUGAAUGAUUCUGCUACAGUACCUCUCAGUGAGAGCUGCCAUUAACUUGCUUUUUUUCCAGUAGAAGUCUUAACAACAAAGGCAAUGCUACACCACCUUGUAACCCUGGAGAGAGGACAAAGACUUCUGCAGUUGUGACAACUGUGCUGAGGGGACCAGUGCGUGAAGGUGUUUGGACAGACCCUGGUUUACUGAGGAGAUUCCCACUGUAUUUACUGUCUUUCCUGAUCAAAAGAGUUUGCCUUCAAAGCAAAGUGCUCUUUUGUGUUCAGAUCUGAAGUAGCACUUGUCAGCUUGUCAGCAGGCAGGCAGACUUUCUGAUUAGUAAUUUAUUCUAUUUAAUAUGUUUUGUUUAAAUGUUUGUGUUUUGACACGUUUUCUUGCAAGUAGUUAAGCUACUUAUCUUGUAGGUUGAUUCCUUUUAUCUGCUCAGAUGGUUUUGGUGCCAGCAUAUCUUAGCUGCUAAAGUUUUAAAGGAGUAACUCAUGUAUUCUGAGUUCAGCAGUUGAUUUUAAGUGGGUUUUUUUUUCAGUGUUGCUAUUUAAUUUACCCGUAGUGUAGUUGUGAAGUAAAUGGGAGCAAAGUUCAACAGUUCAGUGAGGUGAAACCCUUUGGGCUGUGGAAUGGAAGGGGCCACAUGCAGGGCUGCUUGGGCCAGGGGUGGCCCUGGGGAAGGUCUGUCUGCUGGCCAUCCCUUGCCAGGAGCAGCCAAGGCUGAAGCAGGUCACUGGCCAGGCUCUGGUAGCCACGAACAUCCGUGUUUGUCCCCCCUGGACGUGCCUCUGAAGUCAUGGCCAGCGGUGGCUGUGUGUGGGCUUUCCAUGCUGGUUUGUUCUGCCCCUGGAGUUACAUCCUCUUUGACACCUGUAGAUGCUCUUUCUUGGGUGCUUGUUUAUGUGGGGAAAUCUGGAGCCACUUUCUGUGGCUGCUGUUUGUUGAAGGGCCUCAGUGGUUGACCUUGGUUGUGUCGGUGGUGAAAGCCUCACCCUUUGCUCUGGCUUUCACCCCGAGCUGCUCGUUUCUCCUCAUCUGCUUUUGGGCAGCUCCCACCUAGUUGGUUUCUUAGCAAACUUAAUUUAUUUUAUAAUCUCAUUGGGUUUUGGAGAAUUAGUCCUCAGAGAUUGUUAUUUGUAAGGGGUGUUGUGGUGGUAGAGGCAUUUUGUAUAGCAAAACUUUGACAAAUGGCAUUAAACUAAUUCUGUUGAAUCUGCCCUAAAUGAAACACUUUUGCUUUUUUAAAGGCUUUUGUUUGUUUGUUAAACCCAUUAACUCCUAAUGCCUUCCCUUUCCAUAUUUGCUCUGGAAAUACAACAUCAAAACUGAUGCAGAGCUUCAACAAAGCUGAUGUUUUGUGUGAUGCUUCUGAUGUGCUUUCUCUUCCAGACCAUCACUAAAUAGGAUUUGCUAAUUUGCACUGACUGGGAGACCUGUUGCCAGCCCCAAAAGAAAUAGAUCCCGUGCUAGUGAGUUGAGUGGAGGAAGUUCAGGUUUAGUGUGAAUUCCUCUGCCUGCAGUUGGUGAAAUGUGAGAACUGGUGGUGGAGUCUUUGAAUCCUGUGACUGCAAAAUUGUCUCUGGGCACCAGCUUCACGGAGAGACGAGGUGAGAGUGUUUUGUGUGGAAGAGAGAAUUAGGGAGGUUCCACUGUAUGGGGUCUGAUGUCAUUUGAUGUGCUUGCCAACAGCUUGGAGUAGGACCUGGCUAAUGUGUUGGUGAAGUUUGGUGGUGACAGUUGAGUUGUUUUGGUUAUUAAAUGCCAUGGAGGAUUUUGAGGAACUCCAGAUACUUGUCAGCUCCUUUGUAAUCUGAUGUCAGGAGAUGCUCCCUUUGAGUUCAAGCUGGUAACCUGCUCUGUGAGACACAGCAAAAAGAAACUGUGAGCUCAAAAAUUUUAAAGACUUGUGGGGGACUUGAUGAUCCUUGACUGGUCCCUUCCAACUUGAGAUACUCUGAAGGUUGUACAGAGGCCGUUGGUGGGUUUUGGGCAGCUUUUGGAAGGGAUGUCAUCGAAAUCUGUAAGAUCACGUGGAGCUGAUCUGGAGUAUUUCCCAACCUGAUUGCUUCCUCCUAAAUGUGGUGGUUGUGGGAAAGGAUGGAAAGGUCAGGAAGAUGGUUAGAGGUGUUGAGUGUGAUUGUGACAUGAGAUGACUGCAGCCAAGAACUGCUGAGCUUCACACGUCCUUCCAGGAGGCACCUGGCUGGGAGCCUUCCAAGGGUUAAGGCUCCAUCAGAACUAACUGGUUGCUCUGCUUCAGCCCCAGAAAGGAGGGAACUGCCAAGACCAUGUGUCUAGAAGCAGGGCUCUGAUUUGAAUACAUCAGCUUCUCUUGAUCUCUGUAGGGUUCAUGCUGCAUGUGCUGUGGUAAGUUGGGCUGGGAACUGUGCUGUCUGUCUCCUUACCCAGACAGUCACACUUGGAUGUAGCAUUUCAGACUCUGCGCUGUCUCACUCUUCUGCCACUCGUGCAGGUGAUAUUUAACCUUCUAGUGCCUCAGUCAGCUGGCAAAGGGGAUCAUUCCAUUGCCAUGCCUAGAGUAAAAGCCCAGGAGCUUCCAGGACUGAUGACUCACAAAUGGACAGCUCAAAUUCCCAGGGUUGGUAUGUUUUUGUUAGUGAAAAGGCUAAAAAAAAGUUAAAACCCACUGAAGUUCUUCCAAACAUCAUGUUGAUUCGACUGAGUGUGUGGAUCCUGAUGGAGCCUGCAGGAUUGCUGAUGGACUGUAUGAAAGGAAUGGCAGCAGGAGAGGCUUCCUGAAACCAAAACAGGGAACAGCCCCAUCAGUUGAACUGGUGACUCCCCACUGACAGCAGAGUGGGCACAGGACUGAAGCAGCAGUUGUGGCCUGAUUGAGCUGUGCCCAGGUUUAACCUGACCAUGCUGUGCCCAGGUUUAACCCACUGCCUCUCACGCAGCCUUUUUGCCUUCUGUUGAACUCUGUCCCUGUGGCUGGUGCACAGGCACUGAGCUGCUCUCAGAGCAAGCAGCAGUGUUUGAGAGCUGACUGGGAACCAGCAUGUUCAGGUGUAGGAAGUUCACGUGUGUGUGUGUCUGUGUGUGUGUGUGCUGGGGGGUUCAUUGGGAUUUUCAGAUUCCAUCCUGCAGAUAAUGAAAUUGUACAGAGGGACAGGGAACUGCUGGAGAGAGGCCAGUGCAGGGCCACCAAGAUGCUGAGGGGACUGGAGCAUCUUCCUUGUGAGGAAAGGCUGUGGGACCUGGGGCUGUUCAGUCUGGAGAGGAGGAGCCUGAGGAAGGAUCUCAUUAAUAUUGACCAAUAUCUCACUGGUGGGUGUCAGGAUGAGGCAGCACUUGUUUCUGUUGUAUCCAGUGACAGGACUGAUGGGUGAUGGGAUGAAGCUGGAACACAAAAAGUUUGAAACAUAAGGCAAAACUGUUUCAGUGUUUCAGUGAGGGAGCCCUGGCCCAGGCUGCCCAGGGAGGCUGUGGAGGCUCCUUCCUUGGAGGGCUUCAAGACCCACCUGGACACGUUCCUGUGUGACCUGAUCUAGGUGGGAGCUGAUUCUGCAGGUGGGUUGGGCUGGAUGAGCUCUAAAGGUCCCUCCCAACCCCCACCAUUCUAUGGUUCUAUGAACUUCCCAAAGUGACUCCCUUGCCUGUGCCCCUCAUUGCUGUCCCAUUCUAUUGUAACAAGGGAAACUUUGGAGCUGUGAAACUUUCAGACUUUCCCUGUUGACUUGGACGAAAUACCCCGGGUUGAUCCCGUAAGUACACAGCUUGACCUCCAUGAGUUAGUUCAUUUUGCAUCAGAAGCCCUACUCUUCUGCAGCAUAAAGUGCACUUUUUCUUAAAAAAACCCCUUUGUACUCAUGUCUGAUUAGUGUCUUAUGUGAUGAAGAUAUUGAGCCAAACCCCCCAAGCCGAGGAUGUUGUUAAUUCCCCGUCGUGUUAAUGGAACCCCUGGAUCCGCUUCUGCUCCGUCUAUUUGAAGACAAAGUAGAGAAGGAAAUACCUCCCACUAGAUAGGAAUUAAGGAUAGGAAAUGAAACUAUACACUGCCCUUAAAUAAAACCCUGUGCUACUUAAAUACAUGUUUUCAGGUUUUCUAUUGAACCAGCUUCUUAACUCACAGCUGUUUACUUUGAUGAACAGGGAGUGCCUUGUCCAGGGCUGGCUGAGCUGAGCUGUGCUGGGGCUGGGGCUGGCUGAGCUGCUUGCACGUGAGGUUGGGUGGACAGACUGGGUUUGGGGCACUGGGAGCAACUGCUCCUGUCCCCUUUCUCCAGGGGUGCUCUUCAGAAACUGCCCUGAGUUGAGCUUUUGAGGGUUUUCUGACACACGCUCGGACCUGAUGAAGGCAAAAAAAAAACCCAACCCAGAGUUUUUGUGACUUUGUGGUCACUUUUGCUUCAUUUGGCCAAAUUCCUGCAGGUGAUUCUGCCUCUUCUUUAAGGUGAAGUGUUCUGUUCAGGCUCCGUUGUCCGUGUUCCAGCAUCCCUCAGCCCCUUGGGUCCUCUGCUUGUUAAUUGUGGUGAAAUAACCCGUUGUCUGUCUGGGUAUCUCAGGUGUUGCCAGUCUCACACCUCCCAGGACUUUUGGAGCUACAUUUCUAAGUCUAUUGGGGCUUCUGGUUUUUUUUUCCUCAGUGUGUUCUUGCAGUGCCUUGUUCAAAUCAAACAAUCCAGUGUGUCACAGAAGGGCUGUGUAAUAAAGAACCGUUCCCCUCCCGUCAGCUUGCUAUUUCUGGACUGGACUUUGUAACUGGAAAUUUAAACCCAUGUUUCAAAGUAAAUAAAGAGUUUAACUCUGA